UGGAGCCGCCUCUGGGAUUGGCAGAGGGGUGGAGGACAAAUGGAAGCAGGUGGAGGGAUUGGCAAAUAGAAGUGGAGGAUGCUGAUUGGAAGCCAGUGGAGGGAUUGGCAGAGAGGGGUGGAGGACACUGAAUGGAAGCCAGUGGAAGGGAUUGGCAGAGAGGGAUGGAGGACACUGAAUGGAAGCCAUUGGAGGGAUUGGCGGAGAGAGGGGUGGAGGACACUGAUUGGAAGCCAGUGGAGGGAUUGGCAGAGAGGGGUGGAGGACACUGAAUGGAAGUCAGUAAAAAGAUUGGCAGAAAGGAGUGGAGGAUACUGAAUGGAAGCCAGUGGAGGGAUCGGCAGAGGGGUGGAGGACAAUAAAUGGAAGCAGGUGAAGGGAUUGGCAGAGAGGGGUGGAGGUCACUGAAUGGAGGCCAGUAGAGGGAUUGGAAGAGGGGGGUGGAACAC